AAUAAAUUCGAAGUAAGUAGACUUUGAUCUCAUAUUUAGACUCAAACUGUCAAACGAAGAACCAUCUAAAUUAAUUUGUGUGCAAUUAAUUUUAACCUGUCGGAAUGAACGGAUCAUUUAGUGAAAACGGCUCCCCUUCACUUGACAUUACCAAAGAGCUAGAGCUCGUGAUUGAUGUCUUCGAUAACGGCCAAAUUCGUGUGGCUUCCGUUGAGGACUGUAGUGAGGAGCGACAAUCAAGUAGCUUUUCCGAUCUCAACUACAGUCAGAACGCUCCGGUUGAGCAGUUGUUUCGGAGCGAAGAACCGAAUCGAUGGAAUAAUUCGGAAGAGAAUUUUCUCCACGUGAACUCAUAUGAUUCGAGCGACAGUGAAUCAAACACGAAAACGGAACUGGUAGAAUGGUGUCCUUACAAAUGUGAAAAGUGUACAAAGAGCUCCCACCCGCUCCGUGAUAAUCCGGAUGAUGUGAUCAUGCUGGAAGCAAACAUUUUACUGAAGGUUCCUGUAAGGAGAAAACAUUUCGAUCGUCUGCUUGAAAUUGCCCAAUGUUGCCAUGAGGGUUUGAAAUAAAGGCUAAUUUUGAUA